UCUCAAGUCUCCAGAAAAAUUCCGCAGCUGCAGUGCACGAAUGAAACUGCUGGUGACUAGCUUGAGUUUGCAAAUACUUCGGUCUUUUAGUCUUGGUUUCUGCCGCCAAUGCAUCUUUUCUCAGAAGCACAGGCCGGUCUACGUCGCUGUCUUUGAGAGGAAACCUUGAAGAAAAUGCUUCGUAUUUACUGGGCUUUGCUCGUUGGGAUACUCACGUUAGCUGUUUCGGGACAUAACCAGAGAGAAUGUCCGGCAGGCCACUUUCAGUGUGAUUCAGGCCAGUGCAUCUCUCGGGCAUGGAAGUGUGACGGUUACAUUAACUGUGAUGAUGGGACAGAUGAACAGGGAUGUGACUAUGGUACCUGUCCCCCUCACCAAUACCAAUGUCCGUCCUCCAAUAGAUGUAUACCCCUCACAUGGCUAUGUGAUGGCGUGUUUGAUUGUCCAAAUCAAGAGGACGAGUCACGGAACUGCCCUGCUGUCACCUGUGCGAGUGAUGAAUUUCGGUGUGACACAGGUUUUUGCAUAUGGUCUUUAUGGCAGUGUGACUACUUCGCUGACUGUGCCGAUAGGAGUGAUGAGCAAGGCUGCAAUUUCCCUGCUUGCAGUGGUCGGGAAUGGACCUGUGAUAGUGGCGAAUGCAUUGCUGCCACUGUGCGUUGUGACGGAGAGUACGAUUGCGUGGAUCUCUCAGAUGAAGUUAACUGCACAAAUGUGGUGUGCCAUCCGUCCAAGACGCAGUGCGGCAGUGGAGAGUGUCUCCCAUCCUUCUUCCGGUGUGAUCAUUACUCGGACUGCUGGGACGCCUCAGAUGAAGUCAAUUGCACCCAUGCUCCGUGCCUCAGAGAAGAUUUCACCUGUAACAGCGGCCAGUGCAUACAAUCCUCAUAUGUGUGUGACGGCAUGAUGGAUUGUAGUGACGGAUCCGAUGAGCUUCAAUGUGUGGGGACGUUCUCCUGCCCGCCCCAGCAGUGGCCAUGCUCAGAGUCGUUACGGAAGUGCAUCUCUAUUGAUAAACUGUGUGACGGACGACAGGACUGCCCCAAUGGAGAGGAUGAGCGGGUACCAUGCAAUACACAUUCGUGUGGGUUUCUGAGCUGUGAAUAUCGAUGUCAUGGAGCACCGAAUGGUGGGACAUGCUACUGUGAUGCUGGCUUUGUUGUCAGUUCCAACAACAGAACUUGUGAAGAUUUUGACGAGUGCAACCAUUGGGGCUACUGCGAGCAGGGAUGUGUGAAUACACCAAGCUCAUACCAAUGCUCGUGCCAAGAUGGCUACCAGCUGGAAGGAAAUGGACACUGUAGAUCACUUGCCACGGACACACCCUACCUUCUGGUUUCGUCAGGCCAAACCAUCACCCGCUCCAAUCUGAAUGGGCACCAGUCAAGGACCAUUACUACUACACCCGAAGCAAUCACGCCUGGUCCACUGGCAUACCAUUACACCCUAGGAAAGAUCUUUUAUUUUUCCAGUUCAGAAGGCAAGAUUUACUCCUGCAACUUAGUGGGAGGCAACCCCACCGACCCGCAGGUAGUCCUCCAACUCCUGGGCAACUUGAAAGUCUCAGACAUAGCUGUGGAUUGGAUAGCCAAUAAGCUUUACCUGGUAGAGAAUGCAGGUAACCGCAUUGAAGUGGCCGAGUUGGACGGAUCACACAGGAGCACAGUCAUUGGUUCCAAUCUGGGAUCCCCAUCGGGAUUAGCUUUGGACCCCAUCAAUGGGUACAUGUUUUUUGGCGAUGCUGAACAGCCUUCAUUUUACUCCAACAUGGUUCACACGGUUUAUCAAAAGAUUGAGCGUGCUUUCAUGGAUGGCUCGCACCGAUUUGUGCUGACAGACCAGAAGGUGCAUACCGUGAGUGGGAUUGCUGUGGACAUUCCAGCUCGUCGAAUAUACUGGGUGGAUCACACGCUGGAUUGUUUGGUGACGAUUACUUAUGAAGGUCAUCAAAGGUACACUAUUCUCCAGGGUGGUCUAGUCCUGCCUAAUUCCCAGCUGUUGGCCAUUUACGAUCGCUACGCAUUCAUUGCUGACCACACCAGAGAUGCCGUGCUGCGGGCAGACCGCUUUGACUGGACUGCUGACGCGACGGUGAGCCUGCCUGGUUCAGUAGGGGAGGCAAGCGGCUUGACUGUCUACCACUCAUCUCUCCAGCCAUCAGCUCCAAACCCGUGUGGGACGGACAAUGGCGGAUGCCAGCAUCUCUGUGUGAUCACUCGUCGGUCUGACAACCAGGGAAUCGGAUACCAGUGUAAAUGCGACAUCGGUUACAAAUUAAACGACGAUCUCGCCACCUGUUCUAAAGUGACAUCGUUUCUUCUAGUGGGCGACAGUGAAACCAUUCGUGGCAUCCCAUUGGACUCAAGUGUAGAAAAUGAUUGCAUGCAGCCGUUUGCCUUUCAGGGUAGUGGCCAACACUUCGUGUUCUUCAGUAGUAUGCAAUACGAUGCUGCCUCGGAGACCAUAUAUUAUAUCCCUACCCUAAAUUCCUUGCGGAUGGUAAAACUAGACGGAACAGACAACCAGAAGAUAUUUUCAAGACAGUUGGCAUGGACUAGGACCGGUUAUGAUUGGCUGUCAAAGAACUUUUACUGGAGAGACAUGGAUCGAGGUCUCAUUGCAGUUUUAAAGAUGGAUGGCAUCUUUGAAACAGAGACGGUUAUAUAUCAGAAUAAUUCAAUUUGGCUAGAUGACUUUGCUGUUGCCCCUUUAGGAGGAUAUUUGUUCUGGUUGGAACAGCCGGCGAGGCAGCUGAAGAGGGCAUGGUUGGAUGGCACCCAUGUGGAAACCGUACUCGACGCACACGUUGUGAACUCUUUAAUGGCACUCACAGUGGACCACAGGGACAGCCUGCUGUUCUGGACUUCAUUUCUUGAACAUCAAUCACCAAAUACUGAUUCCUUAUGGCAUUGUGACUUCAAUGGCCAGUCUCGCACGCAGGUUAAUACAUAUGGAAAGUCACCUUGGUCCAUAUCAGUUUUUGGAGAUUAUGCAUAUUUCUUCUCCAAAAUGGCAAUUUACCGGGUCAACAAGACCCAAGGAUCCUGGCCACUGGAGUUGUAUUCCUCAGCGGGAGUGUUUUCAUUUGUAGAAAUACAAGUUUAUUCUGAUGAGUUGCAAACAGGGGAAAAUCAGUGCUCACGUCACGGUCUGAAUGGUGACUGCAGCCAUUUCUGCUUUGGGACACCGACAGGCCAGCGGACAUGUGGAUGUCCAAUUAUGAUGAAGCUAGCAAAUGAUCAACGGACCUGUGAAGCUGAUCCAGAUGCUGUGUCGCCGUGGGAUUGCACAGCUACUGAAUGGACAUGUGAUGAUGACACCUGCAUUAUGGGUUUUCAGAGAUGUAAUGGAUCGCCAAACUGCCCCAAUGGUGAAGACGAAAGUGGAUGUGCGGGGCAGUGUUGGACAUCCAGAUCAUGUACAGACGAUCCGAACAUGUGUUUAGCCUGGUGGAAAGUGUGUAAUGAUGUGAAUGACUGUGCUGAUGGCAGUGACGAACUCGACUGUCCAGCCAAUGAAUGCACCGAUGAAUCCUUCCAUUGCCAAGAUGGCACAUGCAUCCCGGCGCCCUGGCGCUGUGAUACUACCACUGAAUGCCCCGAUGGAUCUGAUGAAGUUGAUUGCGAGGGCUACACCUGUCCCCCAGACCACUUCAGCUGUGCAUCUGUGAUGAGGUGCAUUUCACGUUUGGAGGUUUGCGAUGGUUAUAAUGACUGCGGUGACAGAAGCGAUGAAGCAAACUGUUUGCACACCAACUGUACAGAGUUAUGGCUGUUUGCAUGCAGUAGUGGGAACUGCAUCCCUAGCUUUUGGCGCUGUGAUAACGAUGUAGAUUGUGCAGAUGGAUCUGAUGAACUAGACUGCACUGGCGAUAAUGGGUGUAGCUCAGAUAACUAUGUUAGGUGUACAGCUUCAGGACUUUGCAUCUUGGCUAGAUGGCAAUGUGAUGGUAUUGCUGAUUGUGAUGAUAGUAGCGAUGAACCAGAGGACUGCACACCCCCCGAAUGUGAGGGUUUUGAGUGUGGCAACAGCUGUAUACCUGAGUAUUGGGUCUGUGAUGGUGAUCCUGACUGUGUCGACGGCAGUGAUGAGGAGGCAUGUCCUACACCUGCAUUUGCUUGCCCAGCUGACAGUUGGCAAUGUCCAGGCACCACUCAGUGUGUUGCUGUUACAUCAGUUUGUGACGUAACUGAAGACUGCCCCCACGGGGAAGACGAGGGUCCACGCUGCAAUGAAGAUACAUGUUCCGUGCGUAAUGGCGGUUGCAGCCACAUGUGUAUUGAUACACCCUUUGGAGCUGAGUGCAGUUGCCCAGACGGAUACACACUCGCCAACAUGAAAGCCUGCCAAGAUAUUGACGAGUGUACCCAGGCAGGGUCAUGCAGUCAAGAAUGCUCCAACAGGAGAGGUGCCUAUCUCUGCCUCUGCACAGAUGGAUAUCUCUUGGAACCUGACGGGAGAACAUGCAAAGUAACAGAUCCAUCGACACCAUACCUAAUCGUCACCAGUCGCAACGGUGUCAUGAGGUACUCCAUUCCAACGACGGACAUGACCAACAUACACAGGUCCAAUUAUGAACGGAUCACCGGUUCGGAUUUUGACUCUAUAACAGGCAACAUCUAUUUCUCCAACUCGAACGACAAUAAUUUGUUCAAGACGGAUAUCAAUGGCUCCAAUUUAGAAACGGUGUACAGUAAUGGCAUCGAGUACAUGGAAGCUAUCGCUGUGGACUGGGUGGGUCGUAACAUCUACUGGUCAGACACUGCCAUCAACAUCAUUGAAGUGGCAAGUCUGGAUAGGGACCACCGGGCAGUCUUGUUCUCACAGAAUAUCAGCCGGCCCAGGGGGUUGUGCUUGGACCCAUCUGAAGGGAGUCGGUACCUAUUCUGGGCUGACUGGGGCCAGAACCCGCGGCUGGAACGGGCCAGUAUGGACGGUCAAGACCGCAUGACCAUCAUCAGUGAUAACCUUUACUGGCCCAAUGGUGUCACCCUUGACCUGCCCACCAAGAAGGUGUACUUUGGGGACGGUCGGUUGGAUUUCAUUGACUCCUGCAACUAUGACGGCAGCGGAAGGCGACGGGUAGUCAUGCGUUCCAUGGGUAAUUCCCGGAUCCACUCCAUCACAAUAUUUGAGGAUUCCAUGUACUGGACAGACAAGGGCAACAAUGAGAUUUUACAAGCCAAGAAGUUUAACGGGGAGAACAUGACAGUUUAUUAUCCCUACGUGUACGGUUUGAUUGACAUCCAUGCAUACCACCCAGCCAAGCAGCCACCAGGUCCCAACCCUUGCAGCUCCAACCCUUGUUCUAACCUGUGCGUCCUGUCAUCCAAAGAUCCAGGCUUCUCAUGCCUCUGCCCUGUUGGCCAGACGCUACAAUCAGAUGGCUCCUGCACAAUGGCAGACGUUUUCCUUUUGGUGGUUCGCGGUAGCAUGAUCCAAGGCAUCAGCCUAGAUCCCACUGAUCAAUCAUUGAAUCACAUCCAGACAGUGACAGCAGCACGUGAUGCUUACGACGUGGACUUUGACAAGGACGGAGAGUUCAUCUACUGGUCAGAGGCCGUUGUCGAAGGUCACGAGGAGGACAAUGCAGCUAGGUCCAUCCUGCGAGCCGAGUUCAGUGGAUUCAACAGCUCCUCUGAAUUUGUCCCCACGGCGUACCUGGGAUCCCCCGUAGGUAUUGCCAUUGACCACCUCAGCCGCAAUAUCUACUGGACCAAUCCGGACAAGCACACCAUUGAGGUUAUGCGGUUGGAUGGGGACAACAACUACCGACGCAACGUGGUGGAGAACAGCGGCGGGGAGACAUCCGUCAUCUUUGAUCCGGCCUCAAUCUGCCUCGAUCCUGGCAGUGGGAUGAUGUAUUGGGCGGAGAAUGGUGGCAUGGGUGUGGCACCUCAGAUCAACCGAGCCAACAUGGAUGGUUCAGUGCUAACCGCCGUCGUCUCUGAAAACCUCGGCCAUGUGGACUUCCUCACUAUCGAUAUUGCACAGCACAAGCUGUACUGGACUCAAAGCAUUGGCCAGUUGAUUGAACGUUGCAACGUUGAUGGCACUGGCAGGCAAACAGUUGUUGAGGGGGUUCAUCAUGGAAUGGGCAUCGCUGUGUAUGAAAACUACUUGUAUUACGCAGAUUCAGCCUAUGAGAAAAUCAUGCGCGUGGACAGAGACACGGGUCAGAAUCCUGUGGUGAUGCGUAGCAACGAGCGUCGGCUGAAGGGCAUGAGAAUAUUUGCAAGGUUUGGGCCUACGUCCAAUGGUUGCACAACGUCCAACGGUGGUUGCCAGCAUUUGUGUCUACCGACCGGCCCCAGCGCCAGGGUCUGUGCCUGUGCUGUUGGUUACAUACUAAACACUGACGGAGUAACUUGUGGAAAUUUGAGUUCGUUUGCUGUUGUGUCCCAGCUCAGAGUGACCCGAGGCUUUGGGUUGGAGGGGCUCGACCACCCAGAGGCCAUGGUACCCAUCGGCGGAAGAACCAGGUAUACUCUUCAUGUUGAUGUGUACAUGCCUGGAGAGUACAUCUACUUUGCAGACUACGACCCAAAUAGUCGCAGAACUGAUCGCAACGGUAUCCGCCGGAUCAAGCCAGAUGGCAGCGGGUUCCAGGAUAUCGCCCUAACUGGCUUGGGUUACUGGGGAACACGCGGGCUGACAGUGGACUGGAUAGCAGGAAAUGUGUACUGGAACAGUGCCCAUCAAGAGGAAAGCUUCUUAGAGGUCAGUCGGCUGGAUGGUAGCCUGAGGCGAGUCUUGUGGAAGACCCCAGAUCACAAACCCAGGGCCAUUGCUGUCAACCCAAUCAAGAGGUACUUGUACUGGGCUGAUUACGGCCAAACACCAAAGAUCGUCCGUGCAUUCUUAGAUGGCAGCAACCGUACCGAGUUGGUGACUAUAGGCAUUUCAUUGCCAAGGGACAUUGCUGUGGACGUCCAGACCCAUGAUGUCUUCUGGGUAGACACAGUCACAGAUGUCCUGGAGAAGAUUGACUGGCAAGGGGGCAACCGGCAGAUAAUCAGGAGCCAGCUACCCAACCCACGCGGAUUGGCAGUCUUCAGUGACUCAGUGUAUUGGGUGGACAGAAAUUUAGAGAAGAUUUUCCAGGCCAGUAAGCUUGCCAACAGCAACAAAGACCCGGAGGUGUUCCGUACAGACAUGGAGAAGUUAAGGGACAUUGCCAUCUUUGAUGCCAGUAACCAGCCACCAGCAGAUGACAAUGUCUGCGGUGUCAACAAUGGUGGUUGUGAUCAGCUCUGUUUGGCCAUGCCAGAUGAUGUCGCAGUAUCUCGCGUUUGCCUCUGUGCCAUAGGGGAACUUGCAGAUGACGGUCAAACUUGCCAGAAUUCUACAAGUUACCUGGUGUUACGCUUGAGCACUUUUUUUGCCAGUCUCAACUUUGACCCUAGGAACCAUGCCGUGCCCUUCCAGCGCAUGCAGGUGGGCUACACACAUGGAGUGGCCAUUCAUGACCCACUGCAGCGCAUAUACUGGUUCUAUAGGGAUCAGUUGAAGUAUAUCUCCAUCCAUGGCGGUUCCCCUGUGGAAGUAAAGCAGGUACAGGGCAUAGGGCGGUACUUGGACUUGGCCAUUGAUUGGCUCCACAAUCGCAUCUACAUUGCCUCAUAUUCUGAAAAUGCACUAUACACUGUGGAUCUUGAAGGAAACAAUUUGGUCCAAAUUGCUUACGCCUCCCGCCCGAGAAACAUCAUCUUGAAUCCUUGCGAAGGGACCAUGUAUUACAUGACUAAUGAUUGGUCCACUACGACCAUCUACCGGUCCUCCAUGGGGGGAAGUCAGCAAGAGUCACUGAUCACUUUCACAAGCUACGUCCCACUGAUGACAAUAGACUACACAGAUCGCUGGCUGUAUUUCCUGGAUACUUCUGAGUCGCCUAUGUUAAGACGGAUUAAAACAGACGGCUCUGUUCAAGAAACCAUUCUGGAUAGCGUGAAUACCAUAACAGGAAUGGCAGUAUAUGGGGAUUAUCUGUACUACAGUAAUUAUCAGGCUGUCACCAGGGUGGAGAAGGAUACCGGUGCCAACCCAACGGUCAUUGCACAUGAUUAUAGCGCCCGUCCGUACGGCCUGUAUGUCUUCAAUGGUGAACAGCCCACUUGCACCAGUUCUCCUUGUGAUUUUGAGAAUGGAGGCUGUAGCCACAUUUGCCUCCCGGGGACGGCAGGGACAAGGGUUUGCUCCUGCCCUCAGGGUCUGUUACUCAAAAACCAGGGGCGUAUUUGUGUCCCUACGAAUGCAACGUGCAGCGACACUACUCAGUUCACCUGCGCCGAUGGAUCAUGUAUUCCAGAAAGCUGGGCCUGUGACGUGGAUAAUGACUGUGGUGACUGGUCUGAUGAAAGUCCUAGGUUCUGCUUCGAUCACACCUGUGAGGCAACAGAGUACCUGUGCAACAACAGUCGUUGUAUCCCGUCCUCCUGGCGUUGCGACUUCGACAACGAUUGCCGAGAUAACUCAGAUGAAAAGAACUGCCCUUUCCCAACCUGCGCCGUUGGUGAUUACACCUGCCCUAAUUCACGCUGUAUCCCAGAGGCGUAUGUGUGUGACGAGGAUGACGACUGCAGGGAUGGUAAUCACACAGACGAACAAAACUGUCCCGAGGUAACGUGCCGACCUGGCUAUGUGAGUUGCCCCAACAACCACAUCUGUAUCAGUCCCUAUUGGCGCUGUGAUGGGGAUAAUGACUGCUUAGAUAACUCCGACGAAAACCCUCUGUACUGCCAGCAAGAAGAAUGUCCGAGUUCCGGUCACAAGUGUACCUCAGGCCAGUGUAUAUCAGGCUUCUGGCUGUGUGAUGACGAGGUAGACUGUCUGGAUGGGUCAGAUGAAGGGGCCUUCUGUAAUGAGGAGGAUUUCACGUGUUCACCCAACUUUUUCACUUGUGACAACAAACGCUGCAUCCAUGAGAGUUGGAUCUGUGACACGGAUAAUGACUGCGGAGAUGGGUCUGAUGAGGACGAGCGUCACAACUGCGACACACACCAGUGUGCCCCUGAAUACUAUACCUGCCGUCAGAACCGGCCCAAUCACAACCGAUGUAUCCCAAUGGUCUGGCUGUGUGAUGGAUUGAGCGACUGUGAGCAUGCAGAUGAUGAAGACAACUGCACUAGAACCACCUGUGUAGGUGGUGAAUUCACCUGCACAAAUGGACUCUGCAUUCCAGAAUCUUGGGAAUGUGACCAUGACAAUGAUUGCGGUGACCAGAGCGAUGAGGGUGGCCAUUGUGAUUACGGAACUUGUGGUAACAAUGAGUUUACGUGCAAUAACGGCCGUUGCAUCCCGGCUGUCUGGCAAUGUGAUGGGGACAAUGACUGCCGUGAUUACUCCGACGAACAGAACUGUGCUACCACCCCGCCUUGUGAGGAAGGCUAUUUCACUUGCUUGAACCGUGAUUGCAUUCUUGAUGAUCAUGUGUGCGACAAGACAAAUGACUGCUCUGACAUGUCGGAUGAAACGCAUUGUGAUAUCAAUGAGUGCCUCACAUUGCAAGCUAACCAGUGCGAGCAUUACUGCAACGACACGCGCACUGGCUACUUCUGUUCAUGCCAGCCUGGUUACUCACUCAAUGAUGAUGGCAAAACGUGCAGAGAUAACAAUGAAUGCAAUGAGAUUCCUGGAGUGUGCAGCCAACUAUGUGAGAACACGCGCGGCUCGUAUUUCUGUAAGUGCGCAGACGGUUACGCCCGAGAGCAGGAUUUGACCACCUGCAAGCACUCUGAAGGUGGAGACGCAUCCCUGGUCUUCAGCAACCGCUACUACAUCCGCAAGCUGAGCUUGGAUGGCCAGCAGUACGACCUUAUCAAAGACGGGCUGUACAACGCCAUCGCACUGGACUACGAUUUGAGAGAGAACCGUCUGUACUACCUGGACACGGGUACCGACAAGAUUUCCCGUAUGUUUCUCAAUGGCACUGGGGCGGAGGUUAUUGUUCCUUAUGCUGUCACGAGUGGACAGGGACUGGCAGUGGACUGGGUUGGCAGGAAACUUUAUUGGCUGGAGACCAGUAGUGAUGUCAUGGAAGUCUCUGAGCUGGACGGUACCCUCAGGAAGACUAUCGUCUAUCAGGAUAUGUCACAGCCACGAGCCAUGUCCCUAGAUCCCCGCAAUAGAUACUUGUACUGGACUGACUGGGGAUUGAGAUCCUACAUCGGCAGAAUGGGAAUGGAUGGCAGCUCUCCCAUGAGAAUCAUCACUGAGGGGCUAGUCUGGCCCAACGGCCUGACCAUCUGCUAUGCAUGCGACAAGCUGUACUGGGCUGAUGCUCAUCUCAACUACAUUGGCUACUCCAACUUGGAUGGCAGCCACAUUCACAAGCUCCCCGGUGAGGAGCUAGCCCACCCAUUUGCCGUGACUGUCUUUGAGGACUACGUCUACUGGACCGAUUGGAACCACAUGGGCAUCUAUCGAGCCAACAAGUCCACGGGAGCAAACAUGACAUUGAUGAGGGAGGUUCUCCAUCGGCCGUUUGAUGUUCAUGUCUUGCAUCCACUCCGGCAGGACCAAAGUCUCAUGAACCCCUGUGGAACCAACAACGGUGGCUGUUCCCAUCUCUGUCUCCUGUCCCCCAAUGGCGACUUCACCUGCGCCUGCCCAGACAACUUCAUCCUGUCCGGCAGCAACAGUGAGUCCUGCCAGGCUAACUGCUCGGUGCUGGAGUAUCGCUGUGCCGACAACAGCGGCUGCAUUCCAAUCAACUGGAAGUGUGACUCCGAGGCGGACUGCCCCGAUGGCUCGGACGAGCCAGCAUCUUGCCCGGUCCGCCACUGCGACCUGGGUUACUUUCAGUGCGACAACUUGAACUGCGCCACGGGCCCACAGCUCUGCAACGGUCAGGAUGAUUGCGGGGAUGGCUCGGAUGAGCGCAUGUGUGACCAGACUCACUGCCAGGCAUGGGAGUUUCGGUGUGCCACAGGGAACUGUAUCCUGCACACUCUAGUCUGUAAUCAGAACAAUGACUGCAGCGAUGGGUCUGAUGAGAACACACAGUUGUGUCAGAGUCGGAGCUGUUCACCUGGCUAUUUUCAGUGUGACAACGGCUUCUGCAUCCCAGAGGCCUGGUACUGUGAUUUUGACAACGACUGCGGUGACAACUCUGAUGAGCCUCACAGACAAUGUCAGCAAGUCACCUGUCCUACUGGUUGGGAGCCAUGCCGGACCAACUACCGCUGCAUCCCAUCCUGGGCCUUCUGCGAUGGGUACGACAACUGCCGGGACAACAGUGAUGAGGAGAACUGUGAGGCAAGGACCUGCGACCCGGGCGAGUUCCGCUGCGACAGCCACAGCUGCAUCCCACAGCGCUGGGUCUGCGAUUUUGAGCAGGACUGCGCAGAUGGAACAGACGAGGUGGCCAACUGCCCGUUUCGGGACUGCAGCGAGUCAGAGUUCCGCUGUGACACGCAGCAGUGCAUCCCUAAGCGCUGGAUCUGCGACCACGACAAUGACUGCGGGGACAUGAGUGACGAGGUGGCGUGUGAGGACCACAGCUGCCUGGAGGGUUACGCCAAGUGUGCCAGCGGGCAUUGCAUCCGUGAGAACUAUGUGUGCGAUGGUGAUCGAGAUUGCCUGGACUACUCCGAUGAAGUCAACUGUCCCACCCGACUUCCCAAUGGUCUGUACUGCUUCGCAACAGAGUUUACCUGCAACAACACCUUGUGUAUCUGGGAAGACUGGGUUUGUGAUGGAGACAAUGACUGCGGUGACGGGAGUGAUGAACUUUUGAGCGUCUGUGCCGGGCGCGAGUGUGACCCUUCUACCCAUUACCGAUGUGCCAAUGGCCGCUGUAUCCCUCUGUGGAAGACCUGCGACGAAAUUGAUGACUGCGGAGAUGCCAGCGAUGAGAACAAUCACGAUUUUUGCCAGGCCAAAGUGCAGUGUCAAGAUGAUGAAUACAAGUGCCCCAAUGGUCUGUGCAUUCCUGGAUUCUACGUCUGUGAUGCGUUUGACGACUGCGGGGAUGCCUCUGACGAAACAGGAUGCAAUGAUGGUGCAUGUGCAGACGCAGCCUGUGAGGAAGACUGUAUGGAUACCGCAACAGGCCAUAUCUGCACCUGCCCAGCAGGCCACCAAGUGGGACCAGACCAUCUUGGCUGUGAAGACAUUAAUGAGUGUCAAGACAACCCAUGCCCACAGCUGUGCCGUAACACCAAGGGAAGCUAUCACUGCCAGUGUGCUUCAGGCUUCACAGACAGGGGCGCAAAGGGAAUGGACUGCAAGCCAGAUGGCAAUCACCCGACGUUCAUCUUUGGGGAUGGUAGUGACAUACGCAGGUAUGAUAACAACACCAAGAAGUACACCGCGGUAGCGUCGCAGGAGGGCCUCAUUGAAGAUGUGGAUUACCACGUGGGACAAGAUGCGCUGUACUGGGUGGACAUAGCUCACAGUGCCGUCAAAAGGGGGCGGUUCCCAGCCAAUGAAGACCAGGAGGUAGUGGUGCAAGAAAUCGUCAGUAACAUCAACAUCCCUCAGGGUAUUGCUGUGGACUGGGUUUCUGGAAAUGUGUAUUGGACAGAUCGGGGUAUCAAGCCCAACCCUUUCGGCCGAAAGAGACGACAGGCCCCAACCCCGAGCCCGCGUGUCGCCGUGGCCAAAUUAGACGGACGCUAUGUCAAGGACCUUGUCACCACUGACAUUGGCAAGCCCACUGCUAUCGCUGUCAAUCCGUUUCGUGGUCUCCUCUACUGGACCGACACUGGGGCCACGCCCAAGAUUGAGAUGGCUUGGAUGAACGGAGGCGGUCGCACGGUGCUGGUGGCUGAUGGCAUUUCCAACCCCACUGGGCUGACCAUCGACUUUGCCAACUAUGACACCAUCUACUUCUGCGACAACAAGGACAACAGGAUUGAUUCUAUGUCCUGGAAUGGGGAAAACCGUAAAGUUCUCAAAGCAGGAAGUGAUCUGGCAAAUCCGUUUCAACUGGAAGUCUUUGGAUCGUACCUGCACAUCACCACCGAGCCAAUCGAGUUUGCCGGCAAAAUUCUGAACUUAGACAAGCUCGGCCGCGGCAUACCCACCACCUUAAUUGACAAUAUCAACCUGCCGAGUGGGCUGGUGGUGCGACAGGACCAACGAUACCCAACAUCAUAUACCAAUCGGUGCGAUAAAAAUCCUUGCAGUCACCUGUGUCUCCUGACGCCCACAAUCGCUGGAAAUCGUGUCACCGAUGGCUUCUCAUGUGAAUGUCCAAACAAUGAUGUCUUUGAGCGUGGUAGUACUUCUGUUUGCAGAGGAGCUCAAGUUGAACCCAAUCCAUUGCCUGGUCUCCCCAUCUGUCAGUGUGAGAAUGGGGGAUCCUGCCUUGCCCCUGGCAAGUGCCAAUGUCCAUCAGGCUUUGAGGGGGAUACAUGCGGAAAGGCUUCUCCACGUUCAGGUGGCCCGGGUGGUGGAGCCACAGCUGCGAUCAUUGUGGUGGUUCUACUCAUUGUCAUUGCCGUGGCUGUCCUGGCUUUCAUACUCGUCCGUCGCAGAAGAAACAGCCCCAAGCCUGGUAUAGAUGGAGCAGUGAGUUAUCGAGGCGGCGCCAACAUUGAAAUGCCAACUCAACACCCUGGAACCGAUGGGGCUGGGGUCAUUGAGAAAGGGCCCACUGCUGGCAAUUUUGAAAACCCUGUCUACAACAUGCAGUCCCCCACCCUGCAGGCUGUGGGUGACUAUGAGAACGCGACCCCCAUGGCCCAGGCCGAAGCCCUGCCCCCUAAGGUGGACCUCGGAGCUGACCAGGCUGGUCCCUUGCCGGAGAAGACUGGUCUCCCAACUCACGCCUACUCCCCUACUGAGGCAGAAGGAGACACAAAGGUGUUAGUGACGAAGGACAAAAUGUAAGAACAUGGCAGCGUUUUCCUGAGAUGAUUUGUGUUUUUCAUAAGUCCUUUCUCAUAAUCUCUGUUUCAGUGUAAGCAGCAUUUGUACUAGGCUUUUAAUCUUUCUACAUGUUUUUUUAAGCCAUUUGCAUUUGUGAAGUCUUCUGAAGCACAAUGUGCGGCUUGUUAAUAAGACUGACCAUGUCCAUUGGAUCCACCCCUAAACAUGUACACAGCUGAACUAUCUUUUUGAAGUUAUUAGGGUUUUUCAUUGGUAGUUGUGAUAAUGAAAGGCUUUUAUGAAUUAAAAAUGAGUUGUGGUAUAAUGGGUGUAUAUUUGACGUAUUAUAGUACCGAAUUGAAAAUGGGUAGAAAGUAAAAAUAAUGCAAAGAAAGCAAUGACAAUGCUUAAGUGUAGAAGUUGGGUGUGAGGAAGUAGAAUAGUUUUUGACUGAAUGGUGCUAAGAGGAGGGAACAGUAAGAAGGAAUGUGGCUCAACUUGCAUAAUGAAAUGAAAAUGUGCCAACAAAAAUGGUUUCUUUCCUGAUAUUUCCUUUUGAGUGGAGAGAUUUAUGUGUUUCAAGUCAUAUUUUGCAGUGUUGGCUAUGUGAGAAUUUGUGAUUUGCAUCCUGCUUUUAGCUGCACAGCUGUAAAAUAGUUAGGAUUAAAUGUACUUAGCCCAUCGAGAUUAUGUUUACAGUGUACUUAAAGACCAACGAUACUCAGAACCUAAGGAUGGACAUUUUAAAGUUGCUUUAUCAAUUUUGGGCACAUUCUGUUUUAAAUUCAAAACGCACCGAACAAAACAUGCAAAGAAAGUUCCAUUUGGUGGCUGUUUUUAUUUUCAAAUGCACAUUGAAAGCUAUUAAAUAAAAAUGUGUGUGGCUUUUAUUUUUUUCGAUUUCAAAUUUCCAUUUUAAGUUUGGAGAUUAAGAAAGCUGACAUAGACGUUACCUCUGAGAACAACUUAACUGAACACCCAUAGCCCAUCCACCUCAUGUACACUUGCAUUAUAUAGAGUAACAGUGGAGAGCCAAAAAGUCUUCUGGUUGAAUCAAACGUAUCCUUCUCUUCACACACAAAACAAAAAAGUACAUUGUAGUGUUGAAAAAAGGUGUUCUAAACAGUCCUAAUAACUUGCAACAAGUUUGAUACAGUACUUGAUGGGAUUUUGCUGAAGUUUUGUACACAGUCAUGAACUGUAUUGUUAUCUCUCAUCGCCAGUUAUUUCAUUCAAUAAAAUAUGUGUAUUCAAAUAGCCCAGUAGGUAUACAUGUAGCUGGGUUUUUUUAUAAAGUCCAGUUAGGUAUUCAUUUAGAUUGGUUACUACUUUUCCUGUUUUCUGUUUGACAGUUUGAACACCAAUUAUGCAUGUAAAAAGAACUUAUGGAGAUGAAAGGUAUUUUACGACAAUUUUUAUAGUGUAUCUAGAAUACUUUUUUUAUAACUCUUUUAAACAGCACAUCUUUUAACAUUCCUUUUUCUAAGAACAGUUUAUAUCUGAAACAUAUCUGUACAUAAAAUUCAUACGUUUUACAGCAAGUAACCUGUCAUGACUGGGGUUUUACUUAAUUGAUUUACAGAAUAUUGUAUCCAGCAGUCUAUUUUGCUUUCAUACAUGAAAUAUUUUUGUAUACUUAAGUUGAUGUUUCAUUACUGUUGUUUGUACUAGAAUAGUGUUCAUUGUUUACAUUAAAUGUUUAAUGUUUACGCACCCAUAAUGAAGACGUGGUCUAUUGUUUAGCAAUUUUCGAGCACCGAGUCAUACUGUACAUGUAUAUAUACCAGAUGGAUAUGGUAAUAUACUCAUUCCAGGUUAUUGACAACUGUUACCUGUUAAUCAGCUAUUGAAUUACAAUAGAUAUGGAGCUCGAAGCCUCAUAGUUUUGAUGUUGCACACAUUCUGCACUGGACACUUGCAGGUACAUGCAUGAA